CUCACUAAAUCAUCAUUAAGAACAAUAAUUAGAUGUUUAUUUUGAGUGAAAGAGGAGUUUAAUCAGAAUAAGCUGCAGCUCCACUCUCCAUGGAUCAAAUUAAUGUCUUAAAUGCCCAAUGACUUUCUCAGUAUCAGCUGGAAGCUUUUAUCUCAAGAGAUCAAUGAGGAAAGUAUAUCUGCCACUGCCAACACGUCAGACAUGCUGCCAUCCACAUGCUGCUUUUGUAAGCAGCAUCAAACAAUCAGGCCGGAGAGUUUUUAUGCAGAGGCUGUCCUGCAAGUGUUGCAAGAGUUCAACUAUGUCUUUUCUCAGGACUGUUUUAAACAACUCUGUCAUCAUUCAUCCUCCGGGCUUCUAUAUCAUUGGAUUUCAAACAUUUCCUUACAUCAGUGUCUACUUCAUCUUUUUAGCAUUUGUCUAUGUGGUUACACUGCUGUUCAAUAGUUUGGUGAUCUACGUUAUUGCUUUUAAUCAUUGUUUACACACUCCUAAGUUUUUGGCUGUUGUCAAUCUCUCAGUAAUUGAUGUGAUUCUAAACACAUGUACUAUUCCCAGCAUGAUAAAGAUAUUCCUUGUUAAGGACAAUUUUAUUCCUUUCAACUUAUGCUUGUUACAGAUGUUUGUAUACUAUACAUUUGGGACUUUGGAGUCAUAUGCACUGGCUGUACUUGCCUAUGACAGGUUGAUCGCAAUAUGUUUCCCUCUGCGGCAAAACUCCAUCAACACUGUGCGGAGCAUGUGUUGUAUUGUUGGUCUGACUUGGUCUUUUGCUCUGGGUGUUACAGCAUUUACAACAGGUAUAAUGACUCAAUUGUCUUUUUGUAAUUCUGUCAGAGUGUUCAGCUAUUUCUGUGACUAUGCACCUGUGUUUAGACUGGCCUGUAAUGAUUACACAAUGCAGUGGUUUGCAGCUUCAUUUCUCACUGUUUUGCUCCUUGUAGGACCCUUUACUUUCAUUCUUCUGUCCUAUGUCAGCAUCCUGGUGACUGUGUUCAGGAUGAAAUCACUGGACAGUCGGGUGAAAGCUCUGGCCACUUGUGUUGAACAUCUCAUCCUUGUGGCUGUAUUUUACAUUCCUCUUAUUACCAUUUUUACUAUCGGGUUUUAUCUGCGAGCUAUUAACCCAGACCAGCGUGUGCUGAGCCUGUCGCUGGCCUCUUGCAUCCCACCCUGCAUCAAUCCUAUUGUUUAUUCCUUGAAAACUAAAGAGAUCAAAAUCAGAGCUGUUGCACUGGUUAGAAAAAUUAAAAUUGGCACACAACAAACACACCAACAUGAAAACUAUACUUUCAAUAUUAAUAAGACGUAGCAAUAAUCUAGAUGUUUGUGCAGUAUCUGUCAGGCGUUUGACAGAAAGAUGUCAAACUGGUCACGUGAGGUCACCAGCAGCAAGAGGGCUAUGAACAGAGAACUGUAGGCAAACCACACAAUUUAAUUUUAUGUGAUUUAAUUAAUGUUGUCAUAAUGUGUAAUAUAACACAUACAUAUAUGUUUAGCUGAAGAGAGUCAAGGCCUUACACUAAAGAAAAGAAUAAUUUCAUGUCAUUUUUACCACUUUUAUGUAACACAUAGAUGUAUUCUAUAGGUAUUGAACAAACUGUUCAAAGUGUGUGUGAUGUUUUUUCCUAUAUAUCUGACUUUUUACAGACAUUAAAUUUAUUAUGAAUAUCCUGUUUA